UAAACUCGGGUGCUCCUCUCCAGGUUCAGCUGGCUCUUGGCAGUCCUUCUUCACCAUGCGCUCUCCAGGCCUGCGCUGUGAGGUGCUCCUCUUCCUCCUCUGCCCCAGCUUCCUCCUUGGCGCCACCCUCCAUGCAAUCCACUGUGCGCCGUGCACUGAGGAGAAACUCGCGCUGUGCCCGCCGGUGCCCGCCAGCUGCCCUGAAACAGCUCGCCAGCCAGGCUGUGGCUGUUGCCACACCUGCGCACUCCAAGAAGGGGAGCCCUGUGGCGUGUACACGGCCCAGUGUGGUCAAGGACUCCACUGCCGUGUGCACCCGGGGGAACCCAAGCCACUUUUUGCUCUCACUCGUGGGCAGGGCACCUGCCUCUCCACCGCCGACACAACGGAGGCUACAGACUCUGUAGAACCAGAGGAUGUGCCCACGGAAGGUGCUGAAAUGACGGCUGACCAGCUCUUCAACUACCAGCUGAUGUUUCCCAUUGGCCAGGACAAGUCUGUCCCUUGGAACGCUAUCAGCGCCUACGAAAGCAUGAAAGCAAAAAGACUCACCGAGUUUAGGAGGGGGAAGCAGCAGGGGCCUUGUCAAAAAGAACUCUACAGGGCUCUGGACAGACUAGCCAAAGCUCAACAGAGAACCGGAGGCGAGAUCUACAGAUUCUAUUUGCCCAACUGUAAUAAGAACGGAUUUUAUCAUACCAAGCAGUGUGAAACGUCACUUGACGGAACCCCUGCCGGAUGCUGGUGUGUUUAUCCGAAAAACGGGAGGAGGAUUCCGGGAUCCCCUGAAACGGCAGGCGACCCUGACUGUGAACAAUAUCUUAACUCACAAGAAUAAGACCAAACAUGCCACUUCCCCCCCAAAGUAGAUACCAAAUCUCUUGCAAACUAACAGUGCAGCCCUAUGGAGAGUUACUCCAGUCUAAGCCCAUUGACUUCAAUAGGCUUAGACUGGAGUAACUCUUCAUAGGAUUGCAUUGUAAGUGUCUUAUUCUGGAGCCCAGAGGCCCUUCAGUCAACAAGCCUUUAAACAUGUGAUUGGCUAACCCCCAAUCCUAUGCAUGCUUGCUCAGAAGUAAAAUCCCAUGGAUCCCGAUGGGGCUUACUCCAAGAAAGUGUGCAUGGGAUUGCAACCUUUAAGCAACUAGGCCUUCACACUUUUUAAUAUCUAUGAGCUGCUUUUAUAUACUCCUGUACUGCCUGGUCCAUGACUGUGGAAUUAUUUAUUUUACAUGUUUAUUUUAUUUUGUCCGUUAUUAACUUAUAUAUAUAUAUAUAUAUAUCCUUAAACACUUCAGAAUGAUGCAUAUAAAUACUUUUAAUAUUAUUUCUCUCGAAAGAUGCACUUUUCCGCUAUAUAUUCAUCAUCAAGAAAAAGUGGAUUACCACACAUGAAUUCUGUAUCGUGUAUUUACGUUGUCUGGGAAGCCUCACGUGGGAAAGUGUGAGAAAGGGAGCACAGCUUGUACUUAUUUAAACGCCUGCUUUGUUUGCAGGGCUUUUGUUCAGCUGCAACGCGGUGGAACGGAGUUCCAGCAUCUCUUGGAAAUGGUCACAUGGCCGGUGGCCCCACCCCCUGAUCUCCAGACAAAGGGGAGU